AUGAAGCUGGCCGAUCUGGAUGAGCAAUACAAGCGUUUUCCACAAAUCAAGCGUGAGGAGAUGCGAAAAUUUGUCGAUUGGAUACAUGCCCAGCCGCACUUCUCCCCCCACUUUUCCGAGGGGGAGGCACUGCAUUUCUUCCAUGCCUGCAAGUACAGCAUGGAGAUGGCUAAACAGGUGCUAGAAACAAAUCUCACGGCCCGCACUCACCUGGACGACUUCUUUGUGAAUCUGGACAUCGAGUCGAAUCAACUAAAAAGGGCCAUGAAAACGGUCUCCAUCGUUCCACUGCCAGGUGCCACACCCGAGGGAUACCGAGUUAUAGUGGGCAAGCUGGAGGAUCUGAAUGCAUCCAAUUUCAAUUAUGCCGAUGUCAUGAAACUCUACUGCAUGGUAUUCGAUUAUUGGAUGUACGAGGAUGGCAUACAGCCAGGGCACGUGAUCGUCAUUGAUCUGAAGGGCUGCUCCUUGGGUCAUGUGGCACGCAUUGGCUUGCUGCAGAUGAAGAAGUUCCUGUUCUAUUUGCAGGAAGCAGCUGCGAUACGUCUCAUUGGCUUUCAUUUCAUCAACAUUGUGCCGUUCAUGGACAAGAUAAUGGCGCUAAUGAAUCCAUUCAUGAAAAAGGAGCUGACCAGCAUACUCUACUUGCACAACGAUAUCAAUGAGUUCUUUAAAUUUGUGCCGCGUGAGAUGAUGCCUAAGGACUAUGGCGGACAAUUUGAAGAGACCAAAGUGGCAAGAGAAUUAUACUACAACAAGUUAAUAGAUGAUCGCAAGCAAAUGCUGGAAUUCGAGACGCGACAUCAGGUGAACGAAAAGUUGAGACCGGGAAAGCCAAAGAAUGCUUCCGAUUUGUUUGGCAUCGCAGGUAACUUUAAGAAAUUAGAUAUCGAUUAAUAUAAAUUCGAUUACAAAAAAAUUGUCUUUCGAUUUGUGGUGUUUUGUUAAAAUAAAGUUAAAGUUAUUAUAUGAUCGUCGGAACAUGUCUUCAUUUUAUUCAGCUUAGAGCUAUAUUCUAGUUACUUAUGAACUUAGAGUUAUAUAGAUUUCAAGGUUUCUUAGCGAGUCGAUACAUAUGAUGAAUGUACAGAUGCCUUCGGUCGGCGUAGACUCCCGAUAAAUGAUCUUAUGAUAAUAUAAACUACAUAUUUAGAACUAAA